GCCAAUAGCCUAUUCGUAGUAAGUAUAACGCCCUUAGUCCUCUUACCUCACUUAUGUGCUUGGGUUCUACACGGCUGCAGCAGUGGCUACCCACAGGUCAAAUAGUAUCAAUAUGCGGCGGAGUCGAAUGGCCGGAUGGCGUAUCUGUAGCUCACUGGCGUAUAGCGUCUGGAGACGUAAGCUUUGCCUGUUGUCUGCUGGGCCGCGUCCAUCUGUCCUGAGCCCGGUGUCCACUAAGCGGCAACGUGUUCAUGACCAGGACUUGUGUGAGCUGUGGCUUAGCCUUCGCGACAAGGGGCCACCAGAGACCUGAACGCUCCUGCUGUUCAGGUCGCCCUGACACCGGCCUUCAUCAGUACGUGAUCGUGUCUUCGUCCCGCUUCCUAGAACGUACUAGGGUUUGCAGCUGCUUUGCUAGGUAGGUACAACUGCUGAAAUGGCUUCCGCGCGGAAGCGUCCACAUAUCUGCACCGGUCGCCCACUGAUGCCCAAACGAACCGGCUUCAAGUGAGAGUGCUCUGGACGGCCACUGAAGGAAACUUGCCUACAUUUGUUGGCAGUACCCAGCAGUAAUCACCAUGUCUGUCACGGCUGCUGCGACGGCCACCAUUGCGACAAUCGUGUCGUACUACCUGCUCAAGCGGUCGACCGCGAUCAUCAUGACGUCCAUGACGCUGUCUAAUGAUGAAUGA